GAAAAGAAAAUUAUGACUUUGUAUAUAUGUCUUGGCGGAGGAAGGGGAAUGCUUGUCACCUACUCCCGAGUUUCCAUUUUUCUAUGAAAAAUCCAGAGGUCGAAAGCUCUGAGUCUGGUUUUUGUUGUAAUGGAGAAGCAUAAGUGUAAGCUUUGCUUGAAGAACUUUUCGAAUGGAAGAGCUUUGGGUGGUCACAUGAGGUCUCAUAUGUUGAAUUUUCCGAUUCCUGCAAGACAAGAUGAAGAAGAGGAGGAGGAAGAGGAAGAAGAAACGAAUCGACUCAGAGAUGAUACCGAGUCAAGUUCUUCACCAGCUUCAUCGUCUCCGUCAGAGGAAGAAGAAGAAGAAGGAGAAUUGGAAAAGGGGUCUGUUAUUCUUCAAGAUAGAGAAAGCGAGACUGAGUCGUCAAAGAAUCCAACUCGUAGACGAUCGAAGCGGACUCGGAAGUUGGAAAAUCGCUAUCAGUAUCAUCAUCAUCAGCAGCAGCAACAACCAGAACAAGAGAUGGUAAAGAAGCUUAAAUUUAACAAACUGAGUAAGACCGAGUCAUGGGCUGAGCCUGAACCGGUGAGUUCCAUUUCUGACACAACUACAGAAGAAGAUGUCGCUUUCUGUCUUAUGAUGCUUUCAAGAGACAAGUGGAAGAGAAAAGAACAAAAACAACAACAACAACGACGACAUGAAGUUCGAGAAGAAGAAGAAGAAAAUGAAGAUGCAGAAAAGUCAAUGGAGGAAACGGAUGAAUCAGAAGAAUUCAAAUCUUCAAAACAACGAAGUCGAGGAGGAAAGUACAAGUGUGAAACAUGUAAAAAAGUAUUCAAAUCUUAUCAAGCUUUAGGUGGGCAUCGAGCAAGUCACAAAAAGAUUAAAUUUUACUCUGCAACUCAAGAACCUGAGUCAGAGCAAGAAAAUGCAGGUACUUCUACUUCUGUUCCAAUAGCGGGUAAGAAAAUCCAUGAAUGUCCUGUUUGUUUCAGAGUUUUUUCAUCUGGGCAAGCUCUUGGUGGACAUAAGAGAACUCAUGUAACUGGUUUAGUAACAGCAACAAUGCCACCAUCGACUAGUACUCCUGGUAGAAGUCGGUCCAAGUUAGGAGAAAAUUUGAUAGAUCUUAAUCUUCCUGCUCCAAUUGACGAUGAUGAUAUUAGCCAGAUUGAGCUGUCUGCCGUUUCUGAUGCUGAAUAUGUGAACCACAUCAAACGAUGAAACGCUCAACUUGUUCCAUCUAAAGGUAAGAAAAAAAAAAUGGAAUUUUUAGCUUCUUUUUGCGUGUUUUUGGGAUCUAAAAUUAUGCCAUUCGUUGCAGUCAACUGGGUUUUUCUAUAACUAGUUUCAUGUACUAAAUCAUCUAACUGUAACUCUUCAUCUCCUUCAAAAUUUCUCUCAUGGUCUGUAACCACCGAUUCAGGAGUAUUUUUAUUAAUGGAGAAAUCAUAGAUGUUUACUUAA